AUGCAUCCAGGGGUACUGGGUCAUUUAAGAGAACAUCUAGACACCUGGGCCCCUACCAUUUUUCUCCUCAUCCUCCUCGUCUCUGCCCUUGCAUCACACCCUUACCCCGACCUUGCUCUUGUUAUUCUUGUUAUCCUCACAUUCCCCUUCGCCCUCUACCUGUCGCUCCAGCAGAGCCAGUACAUUUGGCCCGACCCUUUCUCUAACAAAGCAUACUCAUGUGUUACGACUUGGAUGGUAUCUGUUGGCGACACUCAAACAGAGCUUGUGUCGUCAACGGUCGAGGACGUCCUUGGGCUAGCCCAAGGUUAG